GACUCGUAGUUUUAAUGCCAAAGCCAUUGCCAAUGAGGAUGGCGAACCUGCGCAAUAUUGAACCUGAAAACCAGGAUGAAUCUCACAGCCCGACAAGUGAAAGAAGGAUAGUGGAAGAUUCGAAGAGAACGCCGCGAUUCACCAAAUUGAAGCCGGUUUUGUCAAGCUUCAUCAACUACUUUAUCCUAGAAUUGUCUAUUGCUUGGGCUAUUCAGCUCCUUUAGUUAUGAUUUGAGGACUACACCUCCAGCAUAUUCUUGUGGUAAUUUCUCAGAAGCGUUUUGUAAGAUUGAAAGUAAUCCCAGAUCCGGUGAAUCAUGGCAUCGCUGUUCUCGGCGAAGGAGCGGUACUUGUUCAACUCCAACCAGACAUCUUCCGAUCAAUCGUGGAAAACAUCGCCCAAACCGGUCAUACAAGGUUUCAACAAUGUGCCCGGUUAUCGGAAUGGGAACUCCUUUGGUCAAGAUCUGAACCUGGACUAUCCAAAUGGAGUAGUGACUUCUACUUUGGCAUACAGCGAACCUCAGAACCAUUUGAGUUACGGCGAGGCCCUGAGGAGCGCGUCCCCAGUCCCAAUUUCCAAGUCUGGCCGAUCCUCGAAGAUUUCGGUGCUUAGCGACCUCAACCCCCCUUUGAGACGGGCACAGUCCCACCCACGGAUGGGUGUGUCCAACAAUAACAGCAUGAAUAUGAAUGGUGAAGGACACCAUUCUUUAGGUCGAGCCUACCCGACGGGAUCAUAUUCACAUCACAGUUUGGCACGAACGGAACAAUCCGUGGGAUUGGGGGACAAGACAUGGAAAGGAACGAGUUCUUGCAUCGCCUUCUUGUUACUCACUUCCAGCUUGUUCCUCAUUGGAACAGGUUCUGGCUUGAUGGGAUUCUAUCGCAUUCAUUACCUGGAUAUGGUGGCCGUGGAGUUUCUUUUGGUCCCGUUGCUCAUGGUGAUUGGCGGUCUGAUCACCAUGUUGAAUGCCAUUUUUGGAUUCUACAUCAACGUGAAAGAGACGUCUUGCCUCAUGAUCACUUACGCCGUCAUCCUCAUCAUUCAGUUGCUUCUCUUGAUCAGUGCCAUCGUCCUCUCGAUCCGACUGAUCUUUGAGAUCCAAACUGGUAUCUUUGAUACCAAUGUGGUAUCAGAGAUGGCCUUCUAUGACACUAACCAAUGGACCAGGAACAAAUGGGACACACUUCAGAGAGAGUACACGUGUUGCGGAGCUUACAAUUUCAAUCAAGGCUAUUUGGCAUGGAAGCAAACCGUAUUGGGAGCGGAUAGGAAUUCCGUUCCGGACUCAUGUUGUCUUCACGAAUCUGCACAUUGCGGCCAAGGCAUUUUUGAUCUCACCGACCAAAGAUUGGUUAUGCAAACUAUACACGUCCAUGGCUGCCUCACCAUAAUGCAAGUUCGAUUGAAAGCCCAUGUCAUAGUUAUCAUGUACGUCUUUGCCGUGAUUGGAAGCUUGAUUGCCAUUGUCGAGCUGCUCGCUGUGGUCCUGGCAUUUUGCAUGGCCACUCAGUAUUCCCGACGUGAGCAGGACGACAACAAUUGGGAUUACGACUACAACCCAAAUGUGGGACGAAGGACGCCCAAUACCUUGGUCCCCGGGGACUACUCGAGUCAACACGAAACAAGCUUCUGAUCCUCGGGUUUGCAUUGUUCAGAAGCAUCACAAACUGACCCUCAAACACGCCUGCCUUAUCACGUCUACGCAUUGUAUCUGUAAGAAUCAUGACAUGUUCCUAAUGUACAGCCGAAGCAGAUUUGAAUCAAAAAAAGUAUAAACCCAAUUGCGUCUAUGUACUGUCUGUUUUCGUUUUCACUAGAAAAUCUGAAUGAGGAUCUCCUCCCUCUUCCGACUUUUUCUCCCUCGUCCUCCUUCUCCUUAGACGAUUUGAUGGGCUAAUAAACCAAGUGAAGAAGGACUUGACAUUCCCAUUUUGAUCCCAUUUUACGGCAAACCAAAACACUCCCGGAACUUCUCUUUGUCCACGAGGCUGUUGCUUCACAUUCCUCAUAGAUUGAGGCCACUUUGGAAUUUGGAAUUUCCAUCAGUGAUCCCUGGAACAUCUUCAUUUACUUUGAGGAGCCAAAAGACAAUCUGGGUACACGCCAGACAAACCGUGUGUAAAACGCGAAAAUUAGUCCCAUCUCUCUUCCUCCCCUCCAACUCUCUUUGAUGCUAUAAUAGAUAUUCUAGUGUACAGAUCCCGUCUCUUGAAUUGCGAAAACUAAAGUGGAAGAUGGCGAAGAAAAAGUUUCAUUCGCGAAAUUGCCGAACUUGCCCCACUUUUUGCCCUUUUUGCGAGUCUCUUGAGAUGUUUUCCUCCUUUCCUCCCGCUCGAAAGCCUUCAAAACUUUCUCAACGAUACAUCUACCAAUGAAAUAAACCAGCUCUGAGGCUGUUAA